GGUUGAAACACCAUAAAGCGCCAGAUCCGACCUGUGCGUUGCGUCUAGUAUUCAUAUAAUAAUGCAUAAUUCUUAUUAAAAUUACAGCAGUGCAAUUUCUGUUUUUCAAACCAUAAUGGGAUACUUGACAUUGUUUUGAUUGCUGGAUUUGUAGUGAGAUAUUGAACCCUCAUAACACUAAAAUCUCAUGCAAAAAGAAUAGGUAAAUGAAGUCAAACUUUUGGGAAAUAUGCGAGACACUGAUUAAAAAUUCUGAUGUCGAUUCUCUGAUGUUGCCACCGAGAUUCACUCUUUUCAACCAGGAUGAUGAGACAAUGAGGUAUUUCGCCUAAAUAUCCAUUGUGUGGCGAUCAUUCGACUGAUGUCGUAAGCGUAAAAAUCCGACUUUGAUAGUUUAAUCGUGUUAUACGAAUUUCAUCCCAGCGACUUUUGGGUCGUGCUUUACUUGUCGAUAGUAAGACUGGUUGAAAAAGUAAAGUGAUUUAUUCAUAACAGGACAUCGGAGUAUAAAAGAAGGCUGUAAGAGAGUGGCAUCCGUCAAAUCACCACGGCUUUCAGAUCGAGGUCUUAUACGCGGUCCAACUGGAUGGCUUCAAGCGGUGUCAGACAUGGCUCAGAAUAAUAACCAGUGGCAGUUCUGGUGUAGUUCUUUAUUAAUUUUAAAAUAAACUCACCUGACUGAACGAAUUUUUUUUCGGCCGUAUUUUUAAAUGAACUAUAUCCUUCGUCAAAUACUAUUUUCGUUUAUCCAAUUAUUGACUAAAUGACUCACUUCGUUAUUUCGUAAUAUUAUCAGUUCAUUUUUGUUGGGCAUCAUUUUCGGUGCCCAAAUUUAUCAGAAAACACAUAUGCUAUAAAUAAACAAGAAAAGUGGUGGAAGCUCACGCGUAAAGUAUGGUUUACGGAUUUAUACCUUUUCAUGUUUACAGAUAUUACGUUUUUUAUGCGGUUAUUUUAAUCUUAUAAAUUGGUUUUAUUCGUAAACCUAAUUUUAUAGUUUUAAUACUUUCCACUCCACUUCUAGCAUUCUCCGAGUGAUUAAAAUACAUGUAUCGGUUAGUGAUUUUCUGGUGUGCGAAGAUUGGUGAGUAAACAGCUAUGUUUGGGGACGCUGCUCCCACAAAAAGGUGGAACUACUGUCUAUACAACAAUCAUGGUCUACCUGAUAAUUAUGUAGAUUCAGAUUUCUUGUCUGAAUUAAAAGAAAACCUGUUUCUACCCAAACUUCGAGCACGUGAUGUUAUAAUCGCUGCUGGCAGCAUUUAUCAACAACUCUGUUGUUUGUCUUUGUUUGUAAUUAUCUACUUUUAUCUACUGUUCGGCUGGAUUUCUCCACAGUAUCUCAAUCUUUACCUUUUCUUCUUUAUAACUAUUGGAUAUGCCUUGUUUUGGUCAAUGAAAGAGGAAAAUGAAAGACAAUUUCAUAAAGUCAUACCUGAAAUCAAGUCGGGCAUGGUAUUUUUUACAUUUUGCUUUCUGCUUGCUCCUGUUCUGCACUCUCUCCUAUCGAGCGUAAGCUCGGACUCUAUAUACGCCAUGUGUACUUUUUUUCUUCUUGUGUACUGGACAUGUUUUGAUUAUAAGACUCAUUGGAAAGGUCAUCCUCGAAAGCCUGGGUCGAAUACUAUUUCUCUGAGUUCUGCUUUGUUAGCUGCUCUCUGCUUGGCUAGUCGUUUACCUGACCCUUAUCAUACUUUCGCAUUGCUUUCCACUGCCGUCACUUUACUAGCAUUAUGGCCAGCACUAACAAGAAGGUUUCGCAAUAAUGGAGGUGAUGGAGCACAAAUAUGCUUAACCAUAUUAUCUGGUUCUACAAUUCUUCUGAGUGCUUGGCCGAUAGUUUACAGUGAAGUAUCAUUCGAAUAUAGAUGCAUCUUCCUUUGCGCACUCAUAACAUCUACUCUGUGUAUUAAUUUUGUUGGACCGUGCUACUUAUUAAGAAUGCAAAAAAUUAAAAGGACUAUCCAUGGACCGUGGGAUGAAGCUGUCAUAGAAUAAAAUUUUGUAUAGCGAGAACAUUGUUUAUUUAGUAUAUACAUGAUUACUUUUGUACAACUCUCAAAACCCCUUACUAAGAAGAAAUUUAGCUACCUCUUCUUGAAAUAACCCUUCAAUUUUUAUACAACGUGUUACUUCAUCUACUUGGCAAAGAAACAACCCAGCUUCGCAUUUCGGUUGAAGAAGAGUCCGGAGAUCAUCAGCCAGAGCCUGUAAUAUUGUAAAAUAUGGUUGUCAUUCUUACAUAAACAUGUAAACAAAAGAAAGAAUCUACUUCGAUUCCCUAAGCUUAUCACUGAAUAAAUGAUUUAUUACGUUUAUAGUAA